AAGUAUAAGCAGUGCAGCAGAUAUUAAAAGACCAAACUCUCAACACAAAUACUCAGAGAGUGAGAGGCCAUCUGAAGUUGGAGCUGCAAUGGAACCCCUACAGCUGCUCAUCCUCACCUUAUUGCUUUGUCUGGCUCCCAGAGGGAGGUGCUGCUCGCAGAGUCAGAAGAAACGUUCCAUAUAUUCCCACACGUAUGAAAUAGCCAAAGCAAGAAAACUGACUGAACCCCUGAGUUUAUUAUCAAAGAAUAUCACAAAGUGGGAAUUGCAGAGUGAUCAGGAGGACCAAGUACGGUACUUGCUGCAGUUCAGAGGUCAGGACCAUGUCUUGCACCUGGUGAAGGCACGGGACCUGUUGACCAAGACCUACAGCGAAUCACAUUACUUAGCAGAUGGAUCCAUGGCAACAGAGGGACGGCACCAUCUGAAUCACUGCUGCUACAUGGGUUUCAUUGAGGGAGAAGAAGAUUCUUCAGUGUCUCUUUGCACCUGCCAAGGCCUCAGUGGUUACAUAUUGAUCGGAGCCCAGGGAUAUGCCAUCGAUCCUGUGGAAGGCAGCAGCCACAAACACAAAGUGAGCCGAUUGGAGCACAUCCACACAAAGAGGCACGUUUCCCUGUCCCCCGAGAACCUCAUGAGUCGCAACACCAAUCUCAGCAUCGAGCUCUUCCUGGUGGCUGACAGAGAGGAGUUCCUCCGAAACGAAGGAGACCUCAGAAAGACCCAGGAGCGGCUAAUCACUCUCGCACAUCAUGUUAAUCAGAUCUAUCACAAGGAGUUAAAUAUCCAGAUUUUUCUCGUUGGCAUAGAAAUCUGGACAACCGAAAACAAGAUUAGCUCCAGCCAGGAUACCUCAAAGGCUCUGCUGAACUUCAUGAAAUGGCGAAGCAAAGAGCUUGUUCCAAGGAAGCACCACGAUAACGCCCAGCUUAUCAGCGGUGUAUCUUUCCAAAAGUCGAUAGGGCAAGCCUACAUGAAUGCUAUGUGCUCGGAGGAGAGAAGUGGAGGUGUUGUCAUGGAUACAUGGGCUAGUACCAGAGAGGUGGCUAAAUACAUCGCUCAUGAGAUCGGUCACAACCUGGGGAUGUAUCAUGACGCACCCACUUGUCACUGCCCUGUUGCCUCUGGGAAGUGCUUGCUGGCAACAUCAGCUGUGUGGAUGAUGAACCCAGUAUUCAGCAGCUGCAGUAAAGCAUACCUCGAGCAGUUCUUGAAGCAUCAUAACAUCAGCUGUUUAAUGAAUCAACCAAAUUGCUCCAUGAAUAUCACUGCCGCAUUAGUACAUGACGAUAUCUCAAUGCACUAUAAAAUUGGUGCUGCUGCCUCUGUAUCGUUGCUCUUCAUCAUUAUUGCCGGACUUGUGAUGGUAGCUUUCCAGAAGAAAGGUGAUCCAAGCACCUAUCACUCUUUCAAAGGUCUCUCUCAGCAAAGCCCUGUCUAAUUAAAGGGUUGCUUGCGAGAUACAGAGAACUCCUUCAUAUCUCUUUUUCAAGGAGCUAUCUAAUGGUGCCCCCCACACCCGCCCGUCUCCAGAAAGACAUGUUCUCAGGACCAGCCCUUCCUUCAUUCUUGCCUGAUUUGGCUCAGGGAAUGGAAAGAAGAUAGGCAUCAUUCACAAGUGGCACAAAGAUAAGCUUGCUGCAAUCACCUUCUGUACAUUUAUUCCCCUGUGGAUAGGAAUAUCAAACGGUGUAUGAUGGGCUCCUGAUCUGCUACCACCGACCUUCAAAACCAACCCUGCCGGUGUCUAAAGUUUUGUCAAAGACAUUUUUCCAUGAAGAUGUUGCAGCUUUAAAGCCUCCCAACAAACAGAAGACAGGCAAUCUUAAAACCCAGAGUGACUACACUUAAAACUCACACUGACCUUUUUGGCUAAUAUUAAUUAAGAUGUUCAAAUAGAAACCCAGGAUGUGUUUCAAUCUAAAAAUAAAAACACCUGGAAAAACUCAGCAGGUCUGGCAGCAUCUGCAGAGAGGAACACAGUUAACGUUUCGAGUCCGUAUGACUCUUCAACAGAACUAAGUAAAAAUAGAAAAGAGGUGAAAUAU